UAGGUUAUGUUUGGCUUAAUUUAAUUUUGGUAUCGGGAAUUCGAGAUUGCCUUCUCUCUCUUCCAUGGCAGAUCUUCCAUGGACAAAACAAAUAAUUCACGAUCAUCACCAUUUCCAUCAUCAGCCUAUGAAGCUCUCGUACGAGCAGGCCCACGUCUGAAACAGCUUCAUCAGGUGCACGCCCACCUGAUCACCACUGGAGCUCACCGCAGCCUAUCCCUCCUCACUAAACUCGCCAUUUUAGCCUGUUCUUCUCACUCCUCCAUAGCUUACGCCAGGAAGCUUUCUGUCUCCAUCCCAAACCCAGAUUCCUAUCUCUUCAACUCCCUCAUCCGAUUCUCCUCCAAGCUUGGCCUUCUGUAUGACGCCGUUUUCUUCUACAAUCGUAUGCUUUUCUCACUCAUCCCUCCAUCAAACUACACCUUCACCUCUUUAAUCAAGUCUUGCGCCGACGUUUCCGCCGUCAAGCUGGGCAAAUCUGUACAUUCACAUGCUCUGGUUAAUGGGUUUAUGUCAGAUUCUUUUGUUCAGGCUUCUUUAGUAGCUCUUUAUGCGAAAUGCGGUGAGCUUAGUGUUGCACGCAAGGUGUUCGAUAAAAUGCGUCAAAGAAGUAUUGUUGCUUGGAAUGCCAUGAUUUCAGGGUACGAGCAAAAUGGGUUUGCUAAAGAUGCUGUUGACUUGUUUCGUUUGAUGGGAAAGUCAAGUGUCGAUCCUGAUUCGGCUACCUUUGUUGGGGUACUAUCGGCGUGUGCUCAAUUAGGUGCACUUCAGUUAGGUAAUUGGGUUCAUGAUUACAUAGUUAAUCAUGGGUUUGAAUUGAACGUUGUUCUUGGGACUGCAUUGAUAAACAUGUACGGUAGAUGUGGGGAUGUCAGAAAAGGGAGGGUAGUUUUUGAUGCAAUGAGAAAGAAGAAUGUUGUGGCAUGGACUGCGAUGAUCUCAGGAUAUGGAAUUCAUGGCUAUGGUAAAGAAGCAAUGGAGGUAUAUAAAUUAAUGCAAUGUAAUGGACCAUCACCUAAUGAGAUUACUUUCGUGGCUAUGCUAUCAGCUUGUGCUCAUGCCGGGAUGGUAAAUGAAGGUCGAGCAAUAUUUUCGAGCAUGAGAAAUGAUUAUGGUGUGGUACCUGGAACCGAACAUCAUGUCUGCAUGGUUGAUAUGCUGGGUAGAGCUGGAUUUCUCAACGAAGCAUACGAUUAUGUUCUUAAACUGAAGAGUCCAACCCCUGCUGUUUGGACUGCAAUGGUUGGAGCUUGCAAGAUGCACAAGAACUUCGAUUUGGGUGUUGAAGCUGCUGAAAAACUCUUAGCUAUUGAACCAGAAAAUCCAGGGCAUUAUGUUAUGUUAUCGAAUGUAUACGCAUUGGCUGGUAAAAUGGAAAGAGUGGAAAAAGUUAGGAAUGUGAUGAUCAAGAAACGGUUGAAGAAACAUGUUGGUUAUAGCAUAAUAGAGGUUGAUCAAAGGACUUAUUUGUUUAGCAUGAGAGAUAAGUCGAAUUUUGUAACAAGUGAAGUGUAUAGGUACUUGGAUGAACUUAUGAGGAAGAUUAGUGAAGUUGGGUAUGUAUCAGCACAGGAAUCGGUACUUCAUGAGUUGGAAGAAGAGGAGCGAGAGUAUGCUCUUCGUUACCACAGUGAGAAGCUUGCGUUAGCGUUUGGGUUGUUGAAGACUAAAAAUGAGUCUGUUAUUAGAAUUGUCAAGAAUUUGCGAAUGUGUGAGGACUGUCAUUUGGCUAUUAAGUUUAUUUCUCGUGUUACUAAUAGGGAAAUUAUUGUUCGAGAUAAACUUCGUUUUCACCAUUUUAAAGACGGAGUAUGCACUUGUGCUGAUUAUUGGUAACACGGGGUACUUCGUUUGAGUUAAUUAUAAGCAGUUCAUGCUAAUUUUUGUGGUA